UCCGCAGUCCGCACCGGAUGAUGUCCAUCGACCGACUCCCCUCCCUGUCUCCCCACACCUAUAAACCCCCACCCCUGACGCGGAGCGGAGGCCACAUCAGGCUCGCCCGCCGUGACACCCCCCUGACAGUCAUCCCCUUUCUCGCUACCGAAGCCAUGGUGAAGGAGGCGCCCGCCACUCCGGGCGCCAAGGGCAAGGGCAAGGGCGCCGCGUCGACCUCCGCCUCCGCGCCGACGCCGCCGUCCAAGGUCACCCCCGGAUCGGUCAGGCGCAAGAGGGCGUGUAAGAAGAAGAAGGCCGAUCCGGAGAAGCUGAAGGCGGCCGCCGCCGCUGCAGUCGCGGCCUCCGCCGACGCGCCUGCUUCGGGGCCCACGCCGGUGGUUCCCGCCCCGGCCGACGUCGGCACUUCGGCCGCCCUUGUGGUCGCCGAGAACGGCGGCGCUGACGGGAAGAUGGUCGCCAAGACCAACGGCGAUGGGGAUAAGUCCGUCGCCAAGGACAACGGUGGUGGCAGUAAGUCCGUCGCCGAGAACAAGGGUGAUGGCAGUAAGUCCGUCCCUGAGAACAAGGGUGAUGGCAGUAAGUCCAUCGCCGAGAACAAGGGUGAUGGCAGCAAGUCCGUCGCCGGGAACAAGGGUGAUGGCAGCAAGUCCGUCGCCGGGAACAAGGGUGAUGGCAGCAAGUCCGUCGCCGAGAACAAGGGUGAUGGCAGCAAGUCCGUCGCCGAGAACAAGGGUGAUGGCAGCAAGUCCGUCGCCGAGAACAAGGGUGAUGGCAGCAAGUCCGUCGCCGAGAACAAGGGUGAUGGCAGCAAGUCCGUCGCCGAGAACAAGGGUGAUGGCAUUAAGAUGGGCACUGGGAACAGCAGUGCUGACAGGAAGAUGGGCACUGGGAACAGCAGUGCUGACAGGAAGAGGGGUAGGAAGGAUAAGAUGAGGGGGAGGGAGAAGGGGGAAGGACAGGGGAGGGUGAACCCGAAGGUUGAGGAGAAGGAGAAGAAGGACGGCGCAGCGGGGGAGGAGAGGGGCAGUGCUGGGUUUAUCUUCAUGUGCAACGGAAAGACGAAGCCGGAGUGCUUCCAGAACAGCGUGUUUGGCUUGCCCAAGGGGAAGAUAGAUGUGGUGGAGAAGAUCCGACCAGGGGCGAAGCUGUUCCUGUAUGACUUUGACCUGAAGCUUCUCUAUGGGGUGUACAAGGCAACAGCAAGAGGAGGGAUGGAUCUUGUGCGGCGUGCGUUCAACGGGAAAUUCCCUGCUCAGGUCAAAUUCAGGAUUGAUAAAGAUUGUCUUCCGCUUCCUGAGAGUAGUUUCAAGCAUGCCAUUAAGGAGAACUACAAUUCAAAGGGAAAAUUCACCCAAGAGCUCAAUUCGAGACAAGUCCGUAAGCUACUGGCACUAUACAAGCCAAUUAACAUACAACAGCCAUCUUCCCAACAUGUUCAAGAAGUUCCUCGGACAAACCGUGUUGAAAGGCGCAUGCCUCACUAUGUUGAAGAAAGGCGACAGCCAUAUGAUUAUGAAGAAAGGAGGCUGCCACGAUAUCGUGAAGAAAUGCAACACCCACAAUUUGCUGAAGAAAGGAGAUUAGCCUAUGAUUAUGAAGAAAGAAGGCCAUCACUCCAUGUUGAAGAAAUUCGACGCCCACAGUUUGUUGAAGAAGCUCAGCCACCUACAUACUAUGUUGCUCCUGCUCCUCAUGGUUCAUACCAUCCACAUCAAGCUAAUAUCAUUUAUGAAAGGGCUCCAGCUGACGCCGCCAACAGGGUGGAUCCAUUCCUUCCAAGAGACUACAGGGUGCCGCCACAGGAGGUCGCCGCACCCCCAAGCUACGCUGAUGAGAUCUACCGUGGUGCUUACCCAGCUGCUUACCCGGCAAACCUCCAGGGGCCUGCUGCUUCAAGGGUGCCAGUGUCCUCCCUCUACUCCUUCGCCGGCGCACCGGCGUACAGAUGAACGCUGCAGCGCCUGCUCUGAAACCGGUCCUGACCAGCAUGAUUCGCUGGUUGGUGGUGUAGCUAGCGUCGUCUUCUGAUACAUACUGUAGUCGUUUGUUGGAUCCCUGACUUGGAUGUCGUUUGCCACAAGUGUGGUACUGGAACGUGUCGUUUGCCACAAGUGUGGUACCUGGAACGUGUCGUUUGCCACAAGUGUGGUGCUGGAACGUGUCGUUGGCUGUUAAACAAGUGACUUUCCUGACAA